CGUCAUAUCACGACUUUUAAUCAUAUUUAAGGCAAGUAAUAGGAUUAUUAAAAUUUUGUUUCGUUUUAUUUAACAUCUUAGAGAGACAGCUUUUGCCAUGGAUAGCAAGAAUACAUCGAGAAACCUAAAGGCUACAAAAGGCAGUCAGAAUAUCAGUCAACCUGGUAAAAAAGGUACUAAAGUACAUAGAAACGACCGACAACAAACUUUCCCCAACGAGCAGGGCACACACAGGGGCGCUGAAAAGGGAACUUACAUGAAUGUAAACUAUGAUGCUGGUAGCUCACAAUCGCAAAGCAACAUCGAAACAGGCCACGAGGAUAUGGAUACUAGUCCGAUUGGCGAAGUUCAACAGUUUGCUAUGCAAAAACAGCUACAACGUUCUGUAGAAGCUAGUAAGCAAAUGCUCUAUGGUGUAUUUGGAAAUGUGAUUACAAUUUUGGAAGAAUACGAGAAAAGGGAGAUGGCGAAAUAUCAAAUGCAGCAACAAAUGCCGAAAUCUAAGAUUCCAAUUCCAGAGCAAAGUGAUAAAAGUUUUGAAGAUGUGAGGAGCAUUGUUGAAACUCAGCUACUGCUUUUUGAAACUCAAACCAAGGUUUGUCCGCCCGAAGCAAUAUCGGAAGUUCUCGAAGAUCUUAAAAGACGAACCAUUUCAUGGUCAGCUGUCAGGACAGAAAAGGGAAUAAAAGAAGUUCACGCAACUGACUUCUAUGUCACAAAGUUGUACGAAAUUCUUGCCACCGGAAAAACUGAACAUCCGCCGUUAGAAAGGCAAGAGGUUUCAGAAGAAACAAUGAGGGAAGGGUUUCAGGCAAUGCUUCACGGUGACCACGAUCGGGAGAAAUUGGACAGAGAGUUUAAGAAAGACAAAGAUAAAAAGGCAAUAGCACCUGAAACGAGGGAAAGUGAGAUGUUUCAUGACGGAGCCAAACGGAUUUCUCAAGCGAGGGGGAAACAAGACCUUGACAAGUUUCUUCAAGACGAUGUAGAAACGUUUAAGAAUCAAGACCAAAGAGAUGAUUUGAAAUAAUUAUGGCCUGUUGACAUUAUGAUUUUUCGUUCUACAUAUACACUUUAUGAAUAAUUCAGAUCAUUGUCCAUUUUCUUUUAAUAUUUAGAACGGAAAUGAAAUAUUCGAUGAUAAUAAGUUACGCUGAUGUAAUGUAUAGCUUUAAAUCUAUUUCGUUCAUUUGUUGUUGUUAUUUUUAGCAAAAGGCAACGUAAAUUAGUUUUGUUCUUUUUUUUUGAAUGCCAUUCGGUUAGCUAUGAUAAUGCAGUGCCUGUCAAGCUAAAGGGGAGGAAGUCUAGACAUCAUUUCUUAUGCACAUUUGCUUUGUGAUUUUAAUUUUGUAAGAUGUACGUACUAUAUAAUUACCGUAUUUCAAAGCUCGCAUCAAUAUCAUACUGACAGUUUUCACUGAAAGGCAGAUUAAUCCGCCGUAAGGCUUUUACCCGUUUUCCAGGCUAAUCGACAGAUACUUUUAUUGAUAUGAACUGUUCUCUAAACAUUGUUCUACAGUCCGUUGAUAUUUUCAUACAUAUGUAAAUACAAUAAGGUUGAAGAAUGCGUCGUUUCGCAUGAGAAAAUAUGUUUUAGGUAUGUUAACCCAUCAUGGAUAAUUUGAAAAGUGAGGGUGUAUUCCUUUAAAACAUGAUGUGACCAAAGCGCAUGAAAAUAUAGCGAUAAAAAUAUAGAUCGAAAACGUAUUAUAAAGAUUUCUCUAAUUUAGUCUUAAUAUUACAUAUUGCACUAGUCAGCAAUAAAACAGCAUAUUAAUGAUCUGAAUCAUUAUUUGUACUUGUAUAUACAAUUAUACAUGCGAUUCUCACUACCUGUAGUGCUUCAAGUGGCAAGGGAGAUCACUGCGUAGGAGUUUGCUGUAUAAGAAACUGGAUGAUUUUUCAUCUAAAAAUAGAUUAGCUUUUUGAAUUACUUCCCUUUAUUCCUAAUGUUUUCCUAUUUUUGUACAGCUUUUAUAAUGACCGAUUCAUAUUAUUCAUUUUCUAUAUUUAAUUUUAUCUUUUAAAUUUUUUUUGACGAUUGAUGUAAAAUUGAGCCAAAAUUUUUGUUUAAGAUUACCUUUUUUAUGUAAAUAUAGUUGUAGUAGAUAUGGCAACAUUUCUUCUCAGACUAUACUCAACUAAUACGUUAUGCAUGCAAUAGUUCUGCAUCUGCCGUAUAUUUUGUUAUAUAAUUGAUUCAAUAUGUAAUAAUAACUUGACCUUUUCAUAAUUUAAAAGUUAUCAUUCCCUGUAAAUCGUAAAUGUGUCAGGAUUUUAGCGGACUUGACGAUGACGUGUAACAACGUUACGUCUGUUCCGGAUUUGUAUUACAAUUGUUGUUGAAUUGAAAGAACGCCAUAAUGUAGAAAUUUACCCGAAAUUUGUCAUUUUGAAAAAGGCCAUUAGGCCGAAACGUUAAUAAAACAGAGUGAAAACUACAGAGUCUUUAAAAUGUGUAUAAAUGUAGUUCUUUUCUUAUCUGAAAACUGUACGGAAGUCGAAACAGCAGGAUGGUGUCACGAUUGUGAAAGUUGGUGUAUUAUGUGAUGUCGUGUUGAAUUUUGAAAAAUAAUUAGAUUUUUCUAUUUUUCUAGAUUCUUUAAACCUAGCUACACGGAAAUUGAAAAAUAAUUAGAUUUUUCUAUUUUUCUAGAUACUUUAAACCUAGCUACACGGAAAUACUUUUAAAAUUAUUAUCUUCUAGCUUAUAGUUAAGAAUAAGAGAAUGGACCCAUGAUCCUUAUUUUUAAAAACAUUAUUCUAUAUAUCUGAAAAUUGUGUUUUUGUUUUGUGGAAACCGACACAAGAGCUUUCUUAAUAAGUAGCCUUAUUUAUAUAAUACAUAACGUUUUGUCAAGAAAACAUUCACUCAAAUAUUAUAUGUACAAUAGACUGGUGAACAUAGAAAGUAGUAUUUAUUACUCAAGAAUAUAUAUUAUUUGUUGUUGAUGUAGCCCGCUGCCAACUGUAGAUUUGUUCGUUAGCUUUCGAAACGCUAUAACAUACUGUAAUCCAAAGACCGACAGGUAGAGGUACAUCCUGGUAUACAUGUAUAGCUUUUGAAAACUGAAUCUUUCUAGAACAGUCUUUGGAAAUAUGAAUAUUUCCCACUUGUAUGCCAACCCUGCUAGAACAGUUGAUAAUCCUCGUUUAAUUUACCGAUUAAGCCUCACAAUUUAGCAAUUUACAAAAAAACAAAACAAACAAAAACAUGAAACCUGGCUAACAUUGACAGUCUUGGGGAGUUGAGCAAAUCUUGGAGUUGAACUUUUCUGGGUGUUGUGGCUGCAGUUAAGUGCAUUCUGGUACUGUAGGAUGUGCAUUGCCUGUAGUCGUCUGAUUCUACGAUAUUAUUUUCAUAUCCUUCUAAUUUACGCUUGAUAGUCCUUUUGAUUUACUGAUUUAUCACCACAAUUUAGCAAUUCUUGGAAAUUUCAUUCAACUUACAAUUAGAGAAAAAACAUGACACAUAGCAAACAUAAACAAUACUGGAGUUGAACUGUUGGAGAUCUGAUUACCAAGAGAAUAGCGUCUGAUAUCCUGGUGAGCAUUAGGACAACAAUGGCCCUUUUGUUCGUUUUAUCUGUCUUAAAUGAUAUGCGCAGUUUGAGAACACCGGGAGCGCAUUUAUUUACACAAUGAUUUUGUAGUUACUGUUGAAUAAAUGGUUUGGAAAACAUCGUCUGCUACUGAUUAAGUCAUACCUAAGCGAGACUGUCACCAGUGCCUUUGUUUAAGCUGCGUUGACCUACCCUCCAUUGUUCUCACUGUUCAGGGUGCACAGACCUUCACUUACCCUCUGUUUUUCUAAUUAAAUCGUCUGCUCAGAUUCUAGAUCGAUUUCGGGGAUUAUUGUACCAUCUUAUUACAUGUUAAACCUAGCUGUUUGUGUAGAAAAAGAUCUGGGGAAAUGCACAUGACUACUUAUGAGAGUGAAGCCAUGGUCAUUUGACUGAUACACGUGAUGGAAACGCUAAUAUUGUAUAGUUAGACAUCAGGAAAUACAUACUUUUACUUUCAUUUUACCAAAAGAGCUUCGACUAACUUUUUGAAGUAUAUAACGAAGCUUAAAAACAUCAGCAGACAUUCUUCUUUACAAUCCAACAUUAAUAAAGCUGAUAUUUGACAUGAACAUGGCCUUUACUAGUCGGGAAAAUUGCACUAUAUAAUUAUAUCGACUACAUUCGAGUAGACCACGGUAGCAUAUCCGGCUAAUAAAUACCUUCAUGCCUUUAAUACCAGCUCCUGUGAAAUUGAAGGCUACAUACACACUUCUUACCAGAACAACAUGUAUUUCUUCAGACAGCACAUCGAAAGGUUUCAUCCUGUCUGUGCUUUCAGUGCUUUGAUUUAGACAAGCCGCGGGAAAUUUACAACCAUUAACAGAAAUUAUUAUAUCGGUUUACUGUUAUGAUCUGUAGCGUAACCUUAUGCACCCAUUUUUAGAUAUUUUUAUCGUGGAAUAUACUAUAAGACACAGAACAGCUAUGAAGGGUCUUUAGUACAACUAAGUAGGCAAGGAUAGCUUGUUUUUAAUUUUACUGAUUUUGUACGACUACGAAGUAUAACAGUAAGAUAGUGCUGUUCAAACAUUUUAUCGAAUGACUUUUCACAAUAUUUUGCGAAUAAUAAUAUAAUAAAUAGAUUUGUUUCAUAAAACGACUUAAAUCUGUUUCCUUAUAUUAUUCCAAUUCAACUGUACAUAAAAGCCAUAUAGAUGUUCAACUUGACAAAGUAUACACUAUACAGAACAUAUAUUUGUUUUAGUGUAAGAUCGAACCUUGUUACAUGUUUUCAGCGCAUUAUUGAAAUAUUAAGUGAAAAAUAUAUAAUAUUUCAUUAGGUUUAGAGUCACACCGACACGAUUUAGCUCAUGCGAUUUUUCUAGCAUUUGAUAGUGGAGAAAACCGUUAUAAAUUGUCGGACCGCCAUGGAUCAGUGACGUUAUUUUAUUCAGUGCUAUUGUGUUAAAUGUUCGUAAACCUCGAUAUUUCGUAUGAUUAAAUGAUUUAAACGAUUGAA